AUGCCAGCUGGGUCCAACAUCUUUUCUAGAACCAAAAAUAAUGGUUCCGACGAGGACUUUCUGAACGAGGCAGACUCGUAUCUAAAUCACCAGCUGAAGUAUGCUCUGGAUGGUAUGAGCCGAGACAAGCCUGGCUUCAGCUUCGUCUACGUCAAUAUCUUCCACAUGGUUAUGAGCAUGCUCGACGACCCAACUGCUUACGGAUUGAAGGUAACCAAUGAAACUUGUUGUACCCUGUCCGCUAGUAGUGGCGAUAUGGCAUGUGCUGAAGGAGUCGCACCGUGCUCGGAUAGGAGCAUUUACCUCUUCUAUGACGCGGUGCACCAGACUGAGAGUGUCUACGUGCAAUUGUCGACGAAGGCCUUCUUCUCUAAGCUCGACACUGAGGUCUACCCAUUCAAUGUCAAUGUUCUAGCAAACCUCACUCUGGAUGUUGGGGCUUCUUCGAAUGUUCAACCAUGGAGUGAUGCUUAA